AUGUCGAUUGAAACAAGCCAAUCUUGUUUUCUGAUUGAUUCACUGCUCAUGAAAAAACCAAAAGAAGAGUUGGAAACUGAGGAAGAAGAUGAAGAAGAAGAGGAGGAAGAAGAAGAUAUAUCAUCUUCUGAAGUUACCAGUGAGAACGAUAUGGAAACUGAACCAGCUACAAGCGCUGUACCAAUGAUUUUCCCCCCAAAACCGGAUUUAGCAGCUCUUCACAAAAUUUUCAGCACUAUUGACUUUAGCAAACUGGCAGCAAUCAAAAAGAAUGGGCAUCCUCCGAUGAUGAUGCGCCCAGAUUGCUUCCUGCCGUUUGAGCUACAAAAACAACUACAUCUCGUGCAGCAAACUCUUCAGUUGAAUGCCCUUCAAAAUCUGGGGCACGCCUUGCCCCUUCCAUUUGUAUCUCCAUUGCUCAAAAAUGUUGCACCACUCCCAAAGAGGGUUCAUAACAAACGAAACUCAUAUGUGGAUCAAUCAUUGAAAGGAAAUUUGAAAAAGUAUCGAUGCGAUGUGUGCGACAAGACGUUCAGCCGAAGUAACACUCUGAUCACUCACAAACGAAUCCACACCGGGGAGAAACCAUUCAAAUGCGAGCACUGUGGAAGGGCUUUCCGUCAACCCGGAAACUUGACACGUCAUCGACUGACACAUACUACGGUGAAACCGUACGUUUGCGGACUCUGUGACAAAGCAUUCAAUCGCGCUUCCAACCUUCACACCCACAUGAGAACCCAUUCUAAUCUCUAA